AUGGCUACACGACAAGCGCCUAAGACGACCUUCGAGGUCGACAAUGUUAUCCAGCCAAUUUUUACCGGAGGAUCUGUUGCGCUUGAGAAUGGCGCACGGAUCCUCGCCUCGACGCUGGGCGAAGUCGCCGUUUUGACCGAGUUGAACACGGGGAAGCGCCUGGCCGAGAUUGAAGGAGACGGCGAGCCGAUUUCGACAUUGGCGAUUACUCCCUCGGCUUCCCACCUCGUAGUCUGCUCCCGGUCUUUGACUAUGCGCAUCUACUCCCUCAAGGUGUCUUCCGAAUUCGACUCAGUGGAGGCCACCCUCGUGCGAACCUCGAAGCCCCACGCGACACCCGUUGUAGUCCUCGCUGUCGACAAAACCAGCACGCUUUUGGCCACCGGCGCGGCAGAUGGGGCGAUCAAAAUCUGGGAUAUCGUCGGCGGCUAUGUGACCCACACGGUCAGCGGCCAAAGCGUCCUGGUGUCGGCUCUGCACUUCUUCGAGAUCGCAGCAACCGCCGAGACUACGUCCGAGCGGAAGUCGAAAAAGGGGUCGCGGAAAGGGCAGGACGGGCAAGGUCAGGAAGCGGAUGUGGCAUCCAGGUUCCGGCUGGCGUGGGGUUGCCAGGAUGGCAGGAUUCGUAUUUUCGACCUCCACAAGCGCACGACAGUCCCUGUCUACGCCGAUGCGAAACGGAGGAAAGAAGCGCACGAGUCGAAUGUUCAGAGCAUUCAAUACUCGCCCGAACAGCACGCGCUCCUAAGCGGCAGCAGAGACAAGACGAUGACUCUGUGGUUGUGGAGGGAAGGCGGCUGGCACGGAACCCCGAUGUUGCGCCACGAGCUGGUCGAAUCGGUGGGCUUCUUGAACGAGGGCAGGUGGAUGUACUCAGCCGGGUCUAGCGGGCUGCUCAGGAUCUGGGAUACGACAACACACCACGAAAUUACCACAGAACAAGAGGCCAAAUCAGAGCCCGAGUCGAUUCUAUCCGCCAUCUCCCUCCCUCACAAGUCUCUGGUCCUUUGCGCACAGUCCGAUUCCACUCUUGCCAUGUAUCGAGUACCUUCGCAGGCCGACGUUGCUUCCAGCGGGGCUGUGCUCAUGGAGCCGUUUAGACGCAUUUCUGGCACGCACGACGAGAUUUUGGAUUUCGCAUACGUUCUGCCCGACCAGUCCUUGAUGGCCCUCGCCACCAAUUCAGAGGAUAUCAGGCUCGUUUCCGUUGCCGAUACCGAGACCCAAAUCGACGGGCAAGAGGGUGGUGCAUACUUUGGACACGACGUUGCGUUACUAAAAGGCCACGAGGACAUCGUCAUGUCUUUGGACGUGGACUGGUCGGGCCACUGGGUUGCCAGUGGUGCAAAAGACAAUACAACACGGCUCUGGCGUAUCGACCGAGAAAACAACUCAUACACCUGCUACGCGGUGUUCACCGGCCACCUCGAGUCUGUCGGGGCUGUUGCUCUCCCCAAGGUGGUUCCUCCAGAAAACUCGGAAGCCUUCAAGAACCCGCUCGACCACCCACCAGCAUUUAUGAUUUCCGGCUCGCAAGAUAGAUUCGUCCAAAAGAGAGAUAUUCCGCGCCAGUCACAAAAAGCAAACGUGUCUGCAAGUCUGAAGCGGUUAGCUCACGAUAAGGAUAUCAACGCGCUGGAUGUUAGCCCAACGGGGCGGUUAUUCGCCUCUGCUUCGCAGGAUAAGACUGUCAAGAUCUGGGAUUCCGAGAGAUUGGAGGUACAAGGUAUCCUCAAGGGUCACAAGCGAGGUGUCUGGACAGUCAGAUUCGCCCCUCUUCAUACACCGGCCAUCCAAGGCGAGCAAGGGUCGGUCUCAGGGAAAGGCGUUAUUUUGACCGGAAGCGGUGACAAGACGAUCAAACUGUGGAACCUCACAGACUACACCUGCCUGAGGACCUUUGAGGGCCACUCCCACAAUGUUCUUAAGGUUGUGUGGCUGCACAUCCCCACCGACGAGGCCGCUGCCAAGAAGAGGAUCCAGUUUGCCAGCGCAGGCGCUGACAGUCUGGUCAAGGUCUGGGACGCCCACCUCGGUGAAACAGAGUGCACGCUGGACAACCACGAGGACAGACUCUGGACCCUUGCGGUCCACCCCAAGACGAACACCCUCGUCUCGGGCGGCAGCGACUCCAAAGUCACAUUCUGGAAAGACACAACUUCCGAAACACAAGCCGCAGCAACCUCAGCGGCCCUCAAGCUCGUUGAGCAGGAGCAAGAACUCGAAAACUACAUUCAUGUGGGUGCCUACCGCGACGCCAUUGUCCUGGCGCUGCAGUUAAACCAUCCGGGCCGCUUGCUUAGCCUCUUCACCAACGUCGUCACAAGCACCACCCCGGAGGAGGGCAGCUUGACCGGCGUCAAGGCCGUCGACGACGUUCUAGCCAGGCUCUCGGACGAGCAGAUCUUCCUGCUGCUGCUCCGGCUGCGUGACUGGAACACCAACGCACGCACUGCUCCUGUUGCCCAGAGGAUCCUCUGGGUUCUGGUCAAGAGCUACCCGGCCGGCAAGUUCUCCAGCCUAUCGGUCAAGGGGGCCAGGGGCCAGAAGAGCCUCAGCGAGGUGCUGAAUGCGCUGAAGGUAUAUACCGAGCGGCAUUAUAAGCGGAUGGAAGAGCUGGUGGAUGAGAGUUACUUGGUCGAGUACACCCUUCAGGAAAUGGACAGCUUGGCUCCGCCGUCACUAGAGGGUGUAGAGGAUGGGGAUGCGGUUAUGGUUGGGGCGUAA